UAGGGCAUCGGCACAUUUCCCUUUCUCUGUAGGGAAAUGACGUGAUCUCUAUCGCCACACUCUUGCGUUUCUCUGCGCUUGCCUACGCGACUCUGGUGAGGGUUGCGGGAGCCCAGAAACAGCGCAGCCAAUCACGAGACAAUGGCGGCUCCGUCGGCGGUGGUCCUGCCGCCCUCCCCCAACUGGUUCAGCAGCCAGGUGGUGGCGGUGCUGCCGAGCCAGCAGCUGGUGGCGUAUGGCGGCCACUACGCGGUGGUGGUGGCCUGCGCGCAGAGCCGCACCGUGCAGCGCAUGCUGCCCACGGGCGGGAGCAGAGUGACAUGUGUGGCGUUGCCGCCUGAGAGCGUCGGUGGUCGCCCGCUGGUGGCGGCGGGCUGCGAAGAUGGUUCGCUGAGGUGCUGGGACAUGGUCAGCGGGGAGCCGGUGCGCACCCACCGCAAGGGCAAGGCGCCCGAGGUCACAGCGCUGGUGGCUUUGCCCAGCUCGCCGGUGCUGCAGUUUGUGGCGGGCGAUGCCUCCGGCGGCCUGGUGCUGUGGGUGCCCGAGACCGGCGUCCGCAAGCCGCUUACGCGCGCGGGCUCCACGGCGCCACUUCUGCCCAGCCGCGUCCAGUGCCUGGUCGCCGUCAACGUCACCGGCCCCGCCGCCGGGGCCAGCGGCCGCGUGAUUGCAGGGCUGGCCGAUGGCAGCAUCGUGUUGGUGGACGUGGCGUCGGCGUCGGUGCUGCUGACGCUGCCGGCGGCCCACCGCGGUGGUGUGCACAGCCUGCAGCUGGCCGGCCUACCGCUCGUCACCACCGCCGGUGGCGGCGGCAGCAGCAGCGCACCGGCGCCGGGGGCGGUAGAGGAAGCACGAGCGGCACCCACGCCUGGCAGCGCGGCCGGGGAGGACGCGGCCGGUGAGCCGGCAGCGGCUCCAGCUGCUGUUGCUGCUGCGCCCGACCUGUGGAUUCUCAGUAGCGGAGAGGACUGCCAGGCCAAGGUGUGGAGCCUCCCCGCCAUCUCAGCCGCAGCCGCCCUGUCAGCAGCCGCGGCCGAGGCGGCUGCAGCCGCCGCUGCUGGCGGUGAUGGUAGCGCUGCUGCGACGCCUGUGCUGGCGGCGCCGCCGCCACCGCAGCCGCUGGUGACUCUGCGGCUGCCUCCGCCGCCUGCAGGCCAGCAGCCAGGCAGCGGCCCGAGCGGCCCCGGCGGCGCGGUGUCGCGCAAGGCCUGGGUGCCGUCAGCGCUGGUGCCGGGCUGCGACGUGGGGGGCAGCGGCAGCGAGCUGUGCGUGGCUGUGGCGGCGCCUUGGGGCCACGUGCUGGUCUACCAUGUGUCUGUGGGCACCGGCAAGUUUACGCUGGCAACGCGGCUGAAGCACCACGCCCGCACCGUCUUCACGCUGCACGCCAUGCGCGUGCCGCACGAGGCCACCACUGCCACUGCCGCAGCCACCGCCACCACCACCGCGCUUACCACCGCCAGUACCGGCAGCGCCGCGGCGGCGCAGCCGGCCGCUUCUGGUCUACUGCUGCCGCAGGUGCGGCUGGUAACCAGUUCGCAGGACCGGGCGUUCCUGGUGGUGGACCUGGAGCUGCAGCCAGCCGCCAGCGGCACGGCUGUGGCAGUCGCCGCCGCACCCGUAGCCAACGCUGCUGCUACAGCCGGCGAGCAGGGCCACGACUCCGGGGCGGAGGAGCAUGGCGCCAGCCCCGGCCACGAGUCUGAGGGCGGCGAGCACUCGGAGGGCCACGGCGAUGGCAAGGCGGCAGCGGGCGGCGGCGCACGCGGCAAGCUAGCGGCGGGCCGUGCCGACACGUGCUCCGACUGGCGCGUCCGGCCCUCGCCGCAGCAGCAGGCCGUGCUGUACGACGAGGCGGCGGCGGGCGGCAGCCACGGCAACAGCCCGGCGCGAGGUGGUCGGGCGGCAGGCCCGACGCUGGUGCCUCCCGGCGCGACGCUGGUGCUGCCACGCGGCGGGGCCGUGUGGUGGCGGUUGAUGGGACUGGGCGGCUACCCGCACGCCCUGGACCUCAAGGGCCCCUUCCCCGGCCUCCUAGCCGUCGGCUGCGGCGACCGCACCAUACGUGCCGUUACGCUGACGCCCGGCCCACUGGCAAAGCGGCCGCAGCUUCAGCCGGCCAAUGCCCACGCCCACGACCCGCACCAGCCUGCCAAGCACGCGCGCAAGCAGGGCGCAAUUGAUGCCGAGGGCGCCGCUGCUGACGAGCACGUCGACGAGCACGAGACUGCAGCUGAGGUGCACAGCAAUGGUGCGCCGGAGGCCGGCGGCUCUGGAAGGAAGAAGGGCGGCGAGGCGGCGGCGGCCGUUAUGGCGGCGGCAGGCGGCGCGGAGGGCCCCUGGCCCAGCAGCCUUCUGUGGAAGGACGUGCGCGACCAGGUGGUGGUGGUGGCGUGGCACCCGGUGGACUCACGCUACCUGGCGUUUGGCUGCGCGGACGGAAGUGUGGGCCUGAUGGACGUUAAGACCCAGACCAGCCGCGUGUUUGGCGUGCGCCACUCGGGCCCCGUCACGCAGCUGGCCUGGGUAACGCCGCCAGCUGGCAGCGCGCAUGUCAGCCACCAGGCGGCCGCGGCGGCAGCCGCGGCGGCGGCCCAGCAGCAGCAGCAAGGGCAGCAGCAACAAGGGCAGCAGCAACAGCUGCCGCCCCGGCCCAACUCGCGCGGCGGUCCGGAACGCCUGAAGGAGUCCAGCGCGUCUCAGGGCGCACAGGUGGCGCCAACAUUGGCGCCCGCGCCCGGGCAGGGUGCCGGCCAUCACAGCCACGGACACAGCCCUUCUCGCUCGGACCACGGCCAGGGCCAUGGGCAGGGCCAGCGGCAGCAGCAGGGCUCGCGGCAGGGCACACCCAAGCACUAUGUGCUCACUUCGACGCCUCAGGGUGCUGCUGCUGUGCCCGCGCAGUCCAGCCCCGAGGCGAAAGCCGCCGCGACCACGUCGCCGCCCAAGCCGGUCCCGGCGGCCCAGGCCGCGACGGUGCACGCUGCGGAGGCCGCGGCGGGCCGCCAGCAGCCCGGCGGCGCCACACGUGCGCCGUAUCACCAGGGCGUGCUCGGCCAAAGGACGCCGCAGCAACACCCGCAUCCGGGCCAGCAGCACCAGCAGCCGCAGCAGCUGCCCAUGCCCAUGGCCACCCACAUGCAAAUGCAUGUGCAGGCGCCGAUGGCGGCCUUCCCACCAGCCUUCCCGCAGCAGGGCUAUCCGCCGCAGGGCUACCCGCCGCAGGCCUACGGCCAGGGCUACCCUCUGCAGCAGUUUCCGCUCCAGGGCGGCAUGCCUCAGCCGCACCACGCACCGUACUUCAACAGCCUGCCGUACGGCGCACAUGGUAUGCACCAGCAGCAGCCGUACGGUCACGUGGCACCCCAGUACGGGCAGCAGCAGCAGCAGCACCAGCAGCACCAGCACCAGCACCACCAACAGCACCAGAGGACGGCUGCUGGGCCGUCCCGCGGGCGGCCCGGCCCCAGCGGCCAGGGCGCUUCUGGGGGUGCGCCCAUGCCCCCGCCGCCUGCCGCGCCCAUGCCGCCGCCGCCCGCCCCGCCGCCGCUGCCGCCGCCGCCCAUGCCGCCGCCGCCCCCUGCGCCUAUGCCACCGCCUGCCCCGCCGCCGCCGUCCGCGCUGCCCGGCCACAUGACUCCGGACGGUGGGCGCUCGCACACGGGCUCACCGGCCACCACCCGCCCCAGUGGCAGCGGCGCCAGCGCGCAGAUGCCCAGCUUCAUCGUGAGCAAGGGCCCCGUGCCGGGCGGCGGCUUCAAGGGCCGCGUGCGGCCCGGCUCUGCGGGCGACCUCACCACGGUCGAGGGAGGUGCGGCGCCGGCUACCGACGCUACCGCUGCCCAGCAGCACCCGGGGGGCUCGCACGACACGGCGUCUAAAGGCGCCAAGGGUGCCGCACACGCGGAUGCAGCUCACCCGGCGCAGUCCGGCAAGCAGCGUCGGGCCAGUGACGGUGGCCGCGCGGCCGCCGCAGGCGGCAGCGCGGGCCGCAGCGGCACCAGCCGCCUCGCUGCAGCGCUGUCGGGCCCGCCGCUCUUCCUUUUGAGCUGCGGCGGCGAGGGCCGGCUGCUUCGUUGGCCCGGCCCAAACCUUGACCCGGGCAGUGCGGAGCCAGGCCUGGGACCUUCACUGGCACAGGCCAAGCCAAUUGACGUCGGUGCACAGCUGCAGGGCCUGGCGGUACAGGCGCUCGGCGCCGCAGCCCUGGCCCCCGCCGCCGGCAGCAGCGGCCACGGUCACCAGCACGGCCAGCACCACCACAACCACAACCAGCAGCAACAGCACGGCGGUGCGGGCGCGCCGGCCGGGUUGUCGGUGACGGCCAUGGCGCUGCAUCCGCGCCGGCCAUGGCUGGCCGUCGCAGUUGCAGGCGGUGGCAUGAUCGUGGUGGAGCAGCCGGCCAAGCAGCCGGGCGAGGCCGCGACGAGCGGCGCGGGCGGCGCCCGCGCCGGGUCCGCUGGACCGUGGUCCCUGGUGGCCGCGCACACCGGUGCAGUCUCGGGCGGUCCGGACCUGCGCUACCUGCGCUGGGCGGAUGACGUGGACGAGGCGCUGGAGGAGGAGGGCCACGAGCAUGAACACGACACGCACCACCGCCUGGAGCACGUGGAGGAGGUGGCCGCCGCCGCCACUUCGGGCGCGCCGCCGGCCUCGCCGCCGCCGGCCGCGCUGCUGGCGGCGCUGUACGGCAAGGCCUCAGUUGCAGUGUACGGCGUGGCGGCCGCGCCCACCGCCGCAGCGGCUGGCACCGCCGUGCCUUCGACGCCGCCGGUGCAGCAGAUGUACCGCCUGGCUGAGCUAUCGGCGACGGCGGAUGGCGGCGGCAAGGUGACGCUGAACGCUCUGGCCUGGCUGGGCCGCCGCUGCCUGGCGCUGGGCGCCGACGACGGCGGUCUGCAGCUGUGGGCGCUGCCGGAGGCCCGCGUGCUGCUGGCGGCGGCAGUCGCUCAGCACGAUCCGGACGUAGACAACGGCGCCGCCGCCGCCGCCACACAUGGCGUGGAGGCAGCCUCCGGUCCGGCGCCGCUGCGCAUCAAGACGCUGCCUGCGGGCGGCCAGUACGGCCACCAUGACUCCAUCAUCGCGCUCACAGGUCUGCUGGUGCCCGCCUCGGUCAAGGGCGCGCCCGCCACCUCCGCUGGCGGCAAGAAGAAGGGCCGCCGCGCCUCCGGGGCGGGUGACUUUGACGGCGAGCACCCCGCGGAGGCCGCAGGUGGGCACGACGGCGCUGACCACGGCCGCCACCACGGCCGGGGCCGGGCCGGGUCGCACCACGGCCAAGCGCACCACGACCACGGCGGCGCCAAACCUCGCGGCUCCGGCGGCGCGUGGCGGCCUGCGGCGGUGUGGCUGCUGUUCAGCGGCGGGCGCGACCAGGCCGUGCGCUGCUGGCGGCUGGAGGGCCGGCAGCUGGAUGGCUGGGAGCGCGAGCGCGAGCACCAGGAGUCGGCGGCGCGGCAGAAGCAGCAGCGCCCACCGCCUCAGCACGAGGGCAAGGGUGACGGCGAUGACCACGGGGGCAGCGGCGCUGCGCCAGCUCCGCAGCCGCCACCUGACGGCAGCGGCGCCGGCGGCGCCGGCGCGGGUUCUGCCGCACCGUCAGCCAGCAACGGUGACGCCCCGAGUGGCUCGUCGCCCGGUCAGCAAGCCCCGCCGGCGCCUGGCGCGGCGGCGGAUGCGCCGGGUGCCGAGGUGCCGGGUGCUACAGUCGUGGCCGCCGGCAUCACCGCGCCGGAGCGGUUGCUGGAGCUGAGCCCCACCACGGCCAUGCGGCGCAUGCGGCGGCCGCCGCCUGCCCUGGCGCGGCCGCUGCUGCCGGAGCUGCCCGACAUGUCGCUACCGCACGUGGCCGCGGCGGCGCACUCACUGCUGUUGCGGCUGGGGGAGGCGCUGUACCCCCCGGCGGACGACGGCGGCGAGCAUCAGGCGCGUGCAGGUGAGGAAGAGCAGGCGGCGCGGCAGCAGGUGGCGGCGGUGGCCGCCGCCUGUGGCCUGAGUGACGAGGCGCUUGCGGCGCACCUGAUGAACGACGUGGCACCGCUGCGGGAGGCGGGAGCGGCGGUGGGCCCGGUGGCGGCGCCGCCCGAGCUGAGCUUCGUAGCAUCGAUGUGGGAGGGAGACGUGGGUGGCGCGCUGUCAACGGCUGCGGCAACGGAGGGCAUGGUGAGCGCGGAUGUCGUCGCGCUGGCUGCGGCGGGCGGGCGGGCUGCCUGGGAGGCGGCUUCGCGGCUGUAUGCGGCGGGUAUGGCGGCGGCGGGCUGCACGGGUGAGGCGGCCCUGGCGCUAGCGGCGGUGGGCGACCGCGCGGGCGCUGCCGGCGUUUACGCGCGCGCUGGCAUGACGUGGGAGGCGCAGCAGGUGGCGUAGGCAAGUAAGAUGCAGCAAUGUGAACGCUGGUGAGGAAGGUUGGUGCGUGUUAGGUCAGCUCUGCAUCUGCAAGUUGUAGCAGCAUACCCUUCAUGAUUCUGAUUAGUCCCUAAGAACUUUCAGCCCAUAUUUCAGCAAUGUUUCCCGGAGCUGCGCCUUAUUAUUUUACCUUUGAAUUCCGUAUUUCCGCCCCAUAUCCCUGAACCCGCGCCCGCUCUGGCUGGCGUGCGUGACAAUGCUUGCCCCGAGGAAUUCUUUCUGCUAUGCGCUGCGUUGCCCAUCAUGGUUGUUCCGAGUGCCAGCGGUAGGCUGUGUUGGCGGUGUGGUGUUGGACAUGUGAGGACGAUCCAUGAUAUCCGCUGGCAAGCUGGGCGAAAUGUAGGGCCCAAAGUUAGGCGGCGGGGCCAGCCACUGCACAUGAGGAACCUUGACGGCAGACGGCUGUGGCGUGCGGCUGCCCGUGCUUGCAGCCGAUGAGCCGGUGCAUGCGUACAACGUGGUGUAGGAAAGCCACAUUGGGCGUGCCUCAUGUCCAUCGUCGGCGUGGUGGUGUUGUUUCACUGCAGCAGGAAGGCUGGCGCUUUGGCAGGCACCGUGCCAUCCGUGUAAAUGACCGCUAUC